GUUGCAAGUAAGUUCAAGUCCAGUGGAGGUUAUUUUUGAUAUGGAUGGUAAUAGGUUGACAGAAACAAAUGGAAAGCCCUUUCACUUGAGAAGAAUGAUUUUAAAGAGCUUGCGGAAUCUGAAGUGUAUAUGGAGUAAAGAUCCUUGUAGGACUAUAAGUUUUCAAAAUCUGAAAGAAAUAGUUGUCACUGACUGUGGGGGAAUAAAAUCUCUUUUCCCAGCAUCUUUGGCAAAAAAUUUUAUGAGACUCAAGAAACUUGAUAUAGGCCGAUGUUUUGCCUUGGAAGAAAUGUUUGGAAAGGAAGAAGCAGUAGCUGAUGGAGCGAGCAGAAAAUUUGAAUUCCAUUUUUUAACCACUUUGAUGAUGUAUCGUUUACCAAGCCUCAAGUUUUUUUAUCCUGGAAGAUUUACUCUGGAAUGUCCCAGCUUGCAGAUGCUAGUUGUGUGUGAUUGUAAUAAGCUGGACACAUUCGCAUUAGAUUUUCAAAGUCACCGUGGAGAAGUAGGAUGUGAGUAUGAAGCUGAUAUUACAACUAACACGCAACCUCUUUUCCUGGAUGAAAAGGUAAUUCCAAAGUUGGAAGUGUUAACCCUCAAUGGGAAAGACAUGAUGAUGUUAUCACAUGGAAAUUUUCUUGAUGACCUGCUUCACAAGCUGAAAGCCCUGGGUCUAAACUUUGGUGAUUCCUAUGAAGCAGUAGCUACUCUGCCUUUUAAAUUCUUUAAGAAGGUACCUAAUUUAGAAUCUCUUUGUAUAAUAAAUUUCGAUGCAUUGGAUGAGAUGUUUCCCUCUCAAAGACCUGAAGAUAUUAAUCAUGUCAUCAAUAUACUUGCGCAAGUGAAGGAGUUAUACAUGCUGGGCCUGCCGAUGCUCUCCUCCAUUGGGUUACAUAAUUCCUGGGUGGACCCACUUCGCAAGAAUCUGAGAGUCCUGAAAAUAAAGGAUUGUCAUCGUUUGACUAUUCUGGUGCCUUCUUCUGCGGUAUCAUUUUGCAAUUUGGAAGAAUUGACAGUGAGUGGAUGCCAUGGGUUAGUUUCUCUGUUCUCAUCUUCAGUAGCCAAAAGUUUGGUGCGACUUCAAAGAAUGGAGAUAACUGAUUGUACAUCAAUAGCACAAAUAGUGAAUCAUGGGAGCGGUGAGUCAACUCCAGAAGAGAUAAUUUUUGAACGGCUUACAUUUAUAACUAUGAGUCAGUUACCAAGGCUGGUGUUUUUUUAUUCGGGGAAUGCCACUUUAGAAUUCUCAGCUCUGAGAGAAGCGACCAUAGAACAAUGCCCGAAGAUGAAACGUUUCUCUCAAGGAGUAGUAAGGGCGCCCUACUUUGUAGGAAUAAGAGCUUCAAGGGACGAAGAUGCUUGGCACAGCUAUAGUGAUCUCAACACAACAGUGCAGAAAUUGUUUGACGAGAAGGUUGCACUACGUGAUGUGCAAAAUUUGGAGCUUGGAGAUUACCCUGGGCUGCAAGAGAUAUGGCAACGUGAAACACCAGUCCCUGAUGGAGGGUUCAGUAAGUUGAAGACUUUGAUAGUGGAUGGUUGUCAUUUCUUAUCAAAAAUGUGAUCCCUUUUCAUUUGCUUGGCUUGAUUUGUAACUUGGAAGAUUUACAAGUACGGAAUUGUGGCUCAGUAAAGGCAAUAUUUGAAGUGGGAUCUUUGUCUUCCUUCUUCUCCAUUCCCUUGAAAACAUUGACCUUGGAACAGCUCCCUGAUCUGGAGCAUGUUUGGAAUGAGGACCCUCAAGAAUUUCUCAGCUUCCAAUCGCUACAACAAUUACAUGUUAAUGGGUGCAGCAGCCUCAAGAGCUUGUUUCCAGCGUCCAUGGCCCAUGGCAAACUUGGGAGGCUUGAAAUACUAGAAGUGCGAUGGUGUAAGGGUUAGUUGAAAUUGUUGCAUGGGAUGAAACAAUGUUAGGUGGAGCAACUACCUACUAUGGUAUCUUUCCCAGCUUAACAAGUUUGGAGCUAUUUAGUUUGCCAAAGCUCAAAUGCACAUGUCCAUGGCUAAACAAAUUGGAAUGGCCAAUGUUAAAAGUAUUAGAUGUGCAUCACUGCGAUCAAUUGAAGAUUUUCCCGACUGAGGAUCAGGAUCAUCCAAGUGAUGGGGAAGCCAUUGUUCCAUUUGAAAAGGGUUUUCCCAACAUAGAACAAUUGUCACUUGACAAGGAAGACAUCAUGAGGAUUAAUUGUCAGGCACUGUUUCAGGCAAACUUCCUUCGUAAAGUGAAAUCUCU